AUGGACAAUCUGCUCUCCUCCAUCUUUCCUUAUGUUGACCAUGGCUUCGACCUUCCCGAACCGGUGCGAAUAGCGAUUUUGGACUCUGGACUUGACCCUGAAAACCCAUUCCUGGUUGAGGACCAACAACUAGCCAACCCACGGAUUAAGGAAGCGCGAAGCUUUGUACAUGGAACAGGACCGAGCGACAUUCGAGACGAGAUCGGACACGGCACUCAUGCUCUUGGUCUCCUUCUUAAAGUUGCCCCAUGCGCUGAGAUCUAUGUUGCCAGAAUUGCGCGACGAGAAACUCUGGAUCCCAGUACCUACGAUGACAUUGCCAAGGCCAUCGAUCACGCAGUUGAACAAUGGAAAGUGGACAUUAUUUCAAUGUCAUUCGGGAUUCGUGAAUAUCACGAGCUCAUGAGCACAGCUAUAUCUAAUGCACUAAACAAGCGGACGUUGUUGUUCGCGGCAGCAUCGAAUGAUGGAGCAAAUCUUGGCAGAGCUUUUCCAGCUCAAUACCCCAGCGUCUUUUGUAUACACUCAACCGAUGGAAACGGCAAUCCCUCCAAUUUCAACCCUACAGCAAGCGAAACGGACGUCAACUUCAGUCUUCUUGGGGAGCAUGUCUCUUCUCACUGGCCGGCUGGCAUGAACGGACACGAUCAGACUGUCAAUGUUAUGUCAGGAACGUCGGUCGCAACGCCGAUCGCCGCUGGCCUGGCCGCGUCGGUCCUGUCUUUUGUCCGGCAGCAGGAUCAGCACAUCGCUGUAGAAAGUGAAAGGCUUGGACCGUGGCUGAAAAGGGACAAUUCCAUGGAUGCGGUCUUCAAGAGUAUGGUCAGAGGGAGGCGGGGGGUGGGCUACGACUACAUCACGCCUCAUGUGCUCUUCGAUAGCGGUUCGACAAGGGAGGAUGUUUACGGAAGAAUCAAGGAUAUCAAAAGGAACAUGUACAAAUACUAG